AUGGGCGGAGGACACUGCUCAGAAGAGCGAGCAGAAGCAGGAAACAACUGUCUAUUUGUUAUAGAGGAGGAAACAUCAGUAAGAGAGGACUUGAGGGAUGUACCCAUGGAAGACCCUGACAUCACAUUAUCUGUGGAUGGUAGUGCAUCCAUUGGACCGCGAGAUUACGAAGUAGAUGCUGGGGAUUUCAGAGAGGACAUCCCACAAAUAAAUGCAGAAUCCCAGAGGUUUUUGUUUCAAGGAGACAUUGCAGGAACUCGAGAACGGAAUGCUCUUAAAGAUCCAACAACAAGAUGGUCAUUUCCUAUUCCAUAUAUUCUGACUGAUAACCUUGAACUAAAUGCCAAAGGUGUAAUCUUGCUUGCGUUUGAGCAGUAUCGAUUGAAAUCGUGCAUUGAUUUUAAACCAUAUGAAGGAGAAAAAACAUUUCUAUCUUUUAAAAAGUUAGAUGGGUAUUGCUGGUCUUCUGUUGGUGACCAACACAGUGGUCAAGAAGUGUCCAUUGGUGAACGGUGUGACACAAAAGCCAUUGUUGAGCAUGAACUUCUGCAUGCACUAGGAUUCUACCAUGAGCAGUCAAGAACAGACCGUGAUGAUUAUGUUAAUAUUUGGUGGAAUGAAAUUAUUCAAGGUAUGGAGCACAAUUUUGUUGUUUAUAAUGAUGACCUAAUUACUGCGAAUACUCCUUAUGACUAUGAAUCUGUGAUGCAUUAUGCGCCAUUCUCCUUCAAAAAUGAUAGUUUGCCAACCAUCACUACAAAGAUACCAGCUUUUGAUGAUAUCAUUGGACAACGUUUGGACUUCAGUGCUAUUGAUUUGAGGUUAAAUCGGAUGUAUAAUUGCACUUCCACUCUCACACUGUUGGAUCAGUGCGCAUUUGAGUUCAUUAAUAUCUGUGGCAUGAUACAGGGGGAACAUGAAGAUGCUGAUUGGAAACAUGUGCAGAGCAGGCCUGGAAAUGAGGAUCAUACUGUAACUGGGAAAUGUAGAGAUGCUGGAUACUUCAUGUACUUUGAUACUCAGAAUGGUAAUGGUCAAACUGCUAUUCUGGAGUCCAGGAUCCUAUACCCUAAAAGGACUGAGCAGUGUCUUCAGUUUUUCUAUAAAAUGACAGGCAGUCUGGAUAAACUCACUGUAUGGAUGAAAAUAGAUGAUGGAACUGGAGCUGUUAGAAAAUUAGUUAAAAUGAAAACAUUUCAAGCGGAUGGCACCCUUUCUUGGAACAUUGCCACUGACUUUCAUGCAACGGCCAAGUUUCGUUAUAUUUUCCAAGGAAUGAUUGGUAAUUUCAGUCAGUCUUCCGGUGGCAUUUUCCUGGACGAUGUCACUUUUACUGAGACCUCCUGUCCUUAUGGCGUCUGGCAUGUGAAGAACUUCACAAGCAUGCUUCACCAGAUGAGAUAUAACGAGACCGUAUUCAGUCCCUGCUUCACCAGCCCAGAAGGAUAUGGAUAUGGCUUAAAAUUAUUUCCUCAUUCUCGUUAUGAAAAUUACACAGGACUCUUUUUUCACCUGUGCAGUGGUGAAAAUGAUGGCAUUCUUGAAUGGCCAGCGGGAAAUCGACAAGCCUUUAUCGCCGUAAUGGAUCAACAUCCUGACGUAAAGCUUAGAAUGUCAUCCACCAGAAGCUUUACCACAAAUGGAAGUUUGGUUAUAUCAGAAAAAAAUGACACCUUCUAUUGGGACAAACCUACAUUGACUGGAGUGUAUGAUAGCACAUGCGAUUGCUACCGGAGUAUGUCUUGGGGAUGGUCAACUUCAUAUCACCAAACGCUUCACCGUAGAAGUUUCUUAAAAAAUGACGAACUCAUUAUAUUUGUCGAGUUCAUGGCACCAAUGACUGCUACGCCUGGAAAUCCAGCUGCAUAG